UUUUUGUUUAUAAAUUUUUAUAGAUAUUUUGAUGAUUUAAAAACAAUUUUGUGAAAUUAAUAACAAUAGUUUUAAGACCCAAAAAUUUUAAUAAUUAAGCGCAAAGUAGUUUACGAAUAUAAUUCUUAUGAUAGUUAAUGACAUUUAAAAUGGUACCUAUACUUGAUCAAUAAUGUUAUAAAUGUUUAAUUGAUAUCGCGAAAAAAUAGUUUAUUACAAAAAAAAAACAAAAUAAUGUCAGAGAUUCCUCAAACAGAUGAAGCUGUAAAAGCAAUAAAUGACAGAGUGCGCUUUCUAGAGAAAAAACUAAAAAAUCACUAUCUACCGAAAGUUAAACAGAAAGAGCUUAAACGAGAAUUAAUGGAAGCGCGCAAACUGUUAGAGUCAUAUCAAGUACAAUUAGUGCAGCUCAAAGCUCAAACAGAUGGCUCCUAUCUAAUAGGAGGAGCCUUAAUAAUGCUGGUUCUAGCGUUGAUAAUUUAUAUGAUAUAUUCUCUCUACAAUGCAUUUCUUUUGAUGAUUCAAUCGUGGAAUGAAGAAAGCAGCAAACAUAAUAAUUUUUAUGCUAAAACUGGGGAAGCUCUGGCUACGAUAUUUAUAUAAAAACAAUGAAUGCAUUCAUUGAAGGUAGAUCAUAUGGCUGUUCUAAAAUAUUGAAUGUACUAAAGAGUGUAGAGUAGGACUUAUGCAUCUUUGUCAAUCUGUAACUUAGCUAUGUGUAUAAUAAGAGUGACAAAAUAUUUCAAGAGUUUGGUUGUAGUAUUAUCUAAAAUUGAAAUAGACAUUCCAUUUUGAGUUAAA